AUGGAAUUCGAGCCAUACACCGCCAAUCACUUCAACUCUGCUCCAGAUAUACACGAUGCGUACAAAACGUACGAGACUGAGAACUUGGAGUACUUUGUCUGCACCACGAUCCGCGACAUGUUCGUCGCUCACGGAGUCCAUAAUCUCUUUGGUCUGACUCUCAUCCACAAUCACUUCCAGCUCGAAGAGGCCGAAAAACUCGUUCACGUUGACAACAUUGCGCAGCCUUGGAAUGAUAACACGGCGCGUAAGGAGUUACUCGCCGACGUUGUCCCUACGCAAUGGCGCUUCACCGAAAGUGGUAUCGCACCAUUUGAGUUCAGCUGGACGGGAAGCGAUCGCAGUAUCUCAGACUUUGAUCUGCACAAACACCAAGGUUUUCUGCAAGAGUUGCAAGCCUUCCUGAAGCUGCAAAGCUUGUUGGGCAUAUUCGGCGUCCAGUAUCUGGAUGCGUCUGUCCCAGCAUUGAAUGCCAAAGAUGUGCCUGUGGAGAUGACGAGGGAAAGGGUAAAUAUUACCCUUCCUUUUGUGCUGAACGAAGGGGACGAGCAGGCGAACUUCGAGGUUCUCUGGCGCUUUGAUCCUAUGAUCAAGCUGGCAAAAUGCUGCGUUGGAAAGUGUCUGGACAAACAAUCUGGACAUCCGAAGUCUCAUACACACAAAACUUGCUAA